CACAUGUAUGUCUGGUUGCACAUGUGUGUAUUUGUGCUUGUGCAUGUGUGCACCUGUUGUGUGUGUGUGUGCAGAGGCAUGUGUGUAUGGGUGCAUGCAUGUGUGUUUGUGUAUAUGUGUUUUUGUAUGUGCAUGUGUGUAUACACAUGCAUGUGCACGUGCUCAUGAGUGUGCCAUGCCUCUUUGCUCCCUGGCCUUCCGUGUCCUUCCCUCUGAGGCGCGGUCUCCUUACGUGAACUGUGCUAGACAGCGUCCCCAGGGAAAAGGCCCCGUUCCCUGGGCAUAGCCUUGUUCCUCCAACUUGGCUGAUCCGUGUCUUCUUCCUUCCUGUCCCCCUCUAGCAACAUACAAUUCCACCGUCGGCUAAGUAUGGUGGGCGGCACACGGUGACCAUGAUCCCAGGGGAUGGCAUUGGGCCAGAGCUCAUGUUGCACGUCAAGUCUGUAUUCAGGCAUGCAUGUGUGCCAGUGGACUUUGAGGAGGUGCACGUGAGCUCCAGCGCUGAUGAAGAGGACAUCCGAAACGCCAUCAUGGCCAUCCGUCGGAACCGUGUGGCCCUGAAGGGCAAUAUUGAAACAAACCAUAACCUGCCACCAUCCCACAAGUCCCGAAACAACAUCCUCCGCACCAGUCUGGACCUCUAUGCCAAUGUCAUCCACUGUAAGAGCCUGCCAGGAGUGGUGACCCGGCACAGAGACAUAGACAUCCUCAUCGUCCGCGAAAACACGGAGGGCGAGUACAGCAGCUUAGAGCACGAGGUCUCUUCUCCGUUGUCCCCUUGUCAGAGUGUGGCAGGCGUGGUGGAGAGCCUGAAGAUCAUCACCAAGGCCAAGUCCCUGCGCAUUGCUGAAUAUGCCUUCAAACUGGCCCAGGAGAGCGGGCGCAAGAAAGUGACAGCCGUGCACAAGGCCAACAUCAUGAAACUGGGUGAUGGGCUCUUCCUCCAGUGCUGCAAGGAGGUGGCAGCCGGCUACCCCCAGAUCACCUUUGAGAAUAUGAUCGUGGACAACACCACCAUGCAGCUGGUGUCCCGGCCGCAGCAGUUCGAUGUCAUGGUGAUGCCCAAUCUCUAUGGCAACAUCGUCAACAAUGUCUGUGCAGGGCUGGUCGGGGGCCCUGGCCUUGUGGCUGGGGCCAACUAUGGCCACGUGUAUGCCGUGUUUGAGACGGCUACAAGGAACACAGGCAAGAGCAUCGCCAAUAAGAACGUUGCCAACCCCACGGCCACGCUGCUGGCAAGCUGCAUGAUGCUCGACCACCUCAAGCUCCACUCCUAUGCCACCUCCAUCCGCAAGGCCGUCUUGGCAUCCAUGGACAAUGAAAACAUGCACACCCCAGACAUUGGGGGCCAGGGCACGACAUCGGAAGCCAUCCAGGACAUCAUCCGCCACAUUCGCAUCAUCAACGGCCGCGCCGUGGAGGCUUAGGCUGUCCCCUCCCACCCCAACACCCCAGUCUGCUCAGUGGGCGGGCCCAGAAUAAAUCAGCUUCUUCCCA